CAAUCUUCACAUAAAGUUCGCGAAAAUGCAUUUUAUGUUAGAUUCACUUCUUCGCCAUUCACUUCAUCUGCAAACCAUAUUGAAAUCCAACAUGCUAAUUUUUAUAAAGAGUUAAAUAAAAGUGGAAUCGAUGUCAAAAUUAAAAACGUGUUCAAACGAUAUACGAACGUCAUUAGUAUUGAAACCGAUGAACGUAAUGUAAAGAGAAUUGCCGAAAUUGAGCAUGUUGAAAGUGUCGAACCCGGGAAACUUUAUAAACGAAUCGAAUUUAAUAAAAAAAAUUUGAAAAAUAAUGCCGAGGAUUUUCGUAAUGAAACGGUUGUAAUUGCUCCUGAUAAUGAUAUUAAUGCUAUUCAUGAAAUUACUGGUGUUGAGAAGGUUCGCGAAACAUUAAAACUUUCAGGAAAAGGUGUCAGGGUCGGAAUCAUUGAUUCAGGAAUUGAUUAUACACACCCUGCUCUCGGAGGAUGCUUUGGACCAGGAUGUAGGGUAGCAUUUGGGUAUAAUUUUCUUGAUGAUAAUAACGACCCGUACGAUUGUGCUGGACACGGCACUUUUGUAACGGGAAUUAUUGGAGGUAUUGAUCUAAGAGAUGACGGACCUGGAUUUGUAGCAUAUAAAGUUUUACCUUUGGAUUGUCCAAGUGAUUAUGAUGCCAAUGGUAAAGUUUACAACAUUCAUGGACAAGAAUUUUUAGAUAUGGUAAUGAAAGCUAUUAUCAUGGCGGUUGAUGAUGGAAUGGACAUCAUAAAUUUAUCUUUAGGCCCUCUUGCAAUUAUGAUCAAUGAUUUGGCUAAAUAUAAAGGAAUAAUAUUUAUAUCGGCGGCAGGGAAUGAUGGUAUUUUGGGCGUAUUUACUAGUUUGAUGCCAUCGGAUAUUCAAAAUACAAUUAGUGUCGGUUCAUUCAGAACUGAUAAAGUUCUUAAUUUCAAAGCCUUUGAUCCAAAGAAUCCAGAAUUUGUUAUUAACUAUAUUACAAGAAGUGCAUUGGCAUUUCCGUUCCAAAGUGCUAAUGUUAAAUUGUUUCCAAUGAACAAAUGUUCAAAUGAUUACAAAGAAUUUAUUAAUACAUUAAUUAUCAUAGACUUUAGAGAAAAUUUAUCAUGUAUCGAUAUAAUGAUUCGUUUUAAUAACGAAACCCUUAAGCCAGUCGGGCGAUUUUUAAUUUUUCCUGAAAUUAUUGAAGAAGGUUUACCGGACGUGAGCGUGAGAAAUGAUGCAAUGAUUGAUUCGAGUCAAGCCGAUAUUUUAAUUCAAUAUCUCGAAAAAAAUACAAAUUUGGAAUUAGAUUUUUCUGAUAAGUAUGGAUAUAUGGAAUAUAAAUCAUAUUCAGUAGUUCCUUCGGUAUUUUCAAGUUGGGGUUUAAGUGUCGAGUUAGAUAUCAAGCCUGAAAUUUCCGCACCAGGGCAACAUAUGUUUUCAACUUUCCUAGUAAAUUUACCCCCUUAUAUAUUGGAUUCUGGAACAAGUUUUUCUUCACCAUAUAUAGCCGGCAUAGCAGCAUUAUAUAUUGAAGUAUUUGGAAAACCACAAUCUUACGAACAACUAAAAGUGGCAUUCAUGAAUAAUGCUGUUCCUUAUAAAGACCGCAAUAAUUUACUAGCUCCGGUAGUUAUCCAAGGCGCAGGAUUCGUCGACGCUUUUAAAUUGUUGAAAGCAACCAGCUUUGUCUAUCCACCAAAAAUUAAUUUGAAUGAUACAGUUCAUUUUAAUGGGCAUCAUACAUUAAAAAUCUAUAAUGUUGGAAGAAAGGAGAUGAAAUAUAAAUUAUCACACUUGCCAGCUCCAAGUUUUAAUGGAUAUAAUAAAACUUUUGUAAGAAAUUAUAUAAACUUGGAAUAUUUUCCAAAACAAGAACAAUGUGCUGGCGUUGAAUUUGAUUAUAAUCGAAUUGCUGUGCCGCCUAAAUCAAAUGUUGAGGUUUCUGUAACAUUUACUUUACCAAAGAAAAUACCCAAGGAUUUACAUUUGUUUUACAGUGGAUGGUUAGAAAUAAUUCCGGUAGAUGAGAACAUACCUACAAUGACCGUUCCUUAUGCCGGGUUAGCUGAUGAUGCAAGAUCGCUUCCAUUAUUUCAGACACCUCGAUUUCCUGUGCUUGUUAAUUUGACUCGUAAUGUUAUCAGCAAAGAAGAUCCGAUUGCAACGUUCACUUUAAAGCUUUUAAAUAUUACUGAUGGUACACAUGAUUAUCCAUUUGUGUUACUUAAUCUUGCGACUCCGACAUCAAAUCUUAUUACCGAAAUACUUGAUGCCAAUAAUAAGUUUUUAGGAUGGGUUAAAUAUUUUACUGGUAUUAAAUAUCGAAAAAAACCAAUAGUAUUUAUAGUUCAUUGGGAUGGACUUAUUCAUUAUAAUCUUGAUAAUAUGACAGAACCUGGUACGCCCGCUCCUGAUGGAGAUUAUUUUAUUAGAAUUAAAGCGUUAAAAAUGUUUGGUGAUAUUAAUAACGAGAAGGAAUAUGAAACUUGGGUCAGUCCUAAAUUUAAAAUUAAGAGAAGUGCAUGA